AUGAGGUUGGUUGGCGUUGUGGUGCUCGUGCUGUUGAGUGUCUCUCUCGUGCAGGGCGUCAUCCAGGUGCCGCCGUACUAUCCGAUGGUGGACGGGUUCGACCCGCAGCUGUCCCUGUCCGACAGGGACAUGCAGGACCUCCAGCGCUGGGGCUUCAACGCCCUCCGCUUGGGCGUGAUGUGGCCGGGCGUGGCGCCGACCAAUGGCACCUUCAACGAGACCUACAUCGACGUGAUGGCGUCGAUCAUCAAGAAGCUGGGCAGCUACGGCAUUUACACCAUCGUCGACGCCCACCAGGACCUGUUCACGCGUCAGUGCUGCGGCGAGGGCGCGCCCGAUUGGGCCGUCGACUUUGGCAGCUUCUCCCUGCCCUUCCCCCUGCCUGCCACGGGCGCCACCGUUUUCCCCAAGGACAAGAAUGGAUAUCCUCCGCUGUCUGAGUGCCUCAAGUACGGGUUCGGUCAGUUCUACUUCGCCGAGCAGACCAUGGCGGCGUUCCAGAGCCUCUACGACAACCGACGCGGUAUUCAGGACGGGUUCAUCAGCUACUGGUCGAAGCUGGCGCAGACCUUCAAGGACUCGCCCUACGUGCUCGGCUACGAACUCAUCAACGAACCUUUCGCGGGCAACGUGUAUGCGAACCCGUCGCUCAUCGUCCCGGGCGUGGCCGAUCGGGCCAACCUGUAUCCCAUGUACCAGCGCCUCCACCGCGCCAUUCGGCAGUGGGACGACCAGCACGUGAUCUUCUACGAGUGCGCGACCAACGAUCUGUGGGAGGUGGGAUUCCCGGAGGGACCCGGCGGCCACGCCUACGACGACCGUCAGGCCUUCGCCUACCACAUCUACUGUGGCCCGCAGGACUCGGAUGGUUCGCCGGGUAGUGUAAUCCUGUGCGACGCCGAGGACACCUACUUCUACAGCCUCUACAACUCGACCAUCAAGCGCCUGGGCGGCGGGUACUUCAUGACCGAGUUCGGCGCCAUGGCCAACAACUCGCGCGGCAUCGACAACAUGCGCUACCUCACCGGCCAGGCCGACCGCCACCUCUCCUCCUGGACCUACUGGCAGUUCAAGGGCUACAACGACAUCACCACGUCGUCGCAGCCCACGGCCGAAUCGUUCUACGACGCCGCGGGCGAGCUGGAGGUCAACAAGGUAAAGGCGCUGUCGCGCACCUACGCGAGGGCCAUCGCCGGCACGCCGACCGCGAUGAACUUCGACCCGGAGACUAGCGUCUUCCAGCUCACCUAUAUCCUCAACCUGAAGGUGAGCCAGCCCACGGAGAUCUACCUCAACGAGGAGUACUACUACGCCAACGGCUACGUCGUCUCCGUCGUGCCGAGCCAAAUCGUGCAAGCCAAGUCGCCGGGCAAGAACCUCGUGUGGGUGUACGCCCUCCCGACAGCCACCGACGGCGCCACCAUCACCAUCACCAUCAGCCCCAAGUGA